AUGAGCUCGAUUCCAAAGACACCCUCACGAUAUCGCUCACGGUCAGAUGCCAAAACACCACUCACGCCGUCCCUCGUCUCCGCUAUGAACGGCGUCUCCCUCUCUUCUCGCAAGCGGGACUGCAUAGCAGACAUCUCCAACCCCUUCAUCACCCGCUCCCGCCCCGCCUCUCCCAAACGCUCCAGCUCAAGCGUGUCCAGCCAAGCCCACUCUGGCAUCAUCCGCAAGGGCGGCGUCGAGAGCAGACUCGACGUCAUCUCCCGCGACUACGUUCCUCCACAAUCGUCGCACAAGAAGGAGAUCAAGCGCUCCCGCUCGACGCCCGCUCCGAGGGACCGCGAUCGCGCGCAUUCGUCGGGAGCAGGCGGGGACAGGUUCAUCACCGCCAGGGACGAGGGAGAUGUCGCGAACACGCUCGAGAUGAUGAGCCUAAACAAUAACAACGCCAGUCCCGGGCACACGGCCAGGCUCGCGGCUGCGACGGGUGUUCCGAUAGGGCGCCGCGUGCUGGCGUACCACGAGGCGCCUCCGUCGGCGUCGUCUGACCCCGCGCUCAGCCAGCAGAGGGAGCUUGCACGUCCGUUAUAUGGGAGGCCAGGCGCGCUUCCGAGUAGCACGGGCACGACGACGAACAAGUCGAGGCGGAUCAACACACAGCCGGUCAAGGUCCUCGAUGCGCCCGGCAUGGUCGACGAUUUUUAUCUCAAUCUUACUUCGUGGUCGUCCCAGAACGCGGUUGCGGUCGCGCUCGGCGAGUGCACGUAUAUCUGGCGGGCGGAUACGGGCAAUGUCACGUUGCUCGGUGAGGCGCCGGAGGGGACGUACGUAUCCAGUGUCGAUUACUCCAACGACGGCGCGUACCUUGGUAUUGGUCUUGGCUCGGGGGAGGUGGAACUGUGGGAUAUUGAGGCGGGGCAGAAGCUGAGGACGAUGGCGGGGCAUCAAGGGCAGAUCGCGGUGCUCUCGUGGAACAACCACGUUCUUUCUUCGGGUUGUGGGGAUGGCAGUAUCUGGCACCACGACGUCCGUGUGCCGAGGCACAAGGUCAUGGAGCUCCUUGGGCAUUCGGGAGAGGUGUGUGGGCUGAGGUGGAGGGCUGACGGCGAGAUGCUGGCGAGUGGUGGUAACGACAACGUCGUCAAUAUCUGGGACGGGCGGGUCGGGGAUGUCGGCGAGGGUGCUAGGGGUACGGCCAAGUGGACGAAGCGGAAUCAUACUGCCGCUGUCAAGGCCAUUGCAUGGUGUCCGUGGCAGACCAAUCUGCUUGCUAGCGGCGGCGGCACGAACGAUGCGACGAUUCACAUCUGGAAUAGCGGUACCGGUGCACGUCUCCACUCUAUCAAGACGCCAGCGCAGGUAACCGGCAUCCACUGGUCGCCACACCGCAAGGAGUUUUUGUCGACGCACGGCUACCCGACCAACGCGAUCAUGGUCCACGCUUACCCGUCCAUGGAGCGCGUCGCCGAGAUCCGGGACGCGCACGACUCGCGUGUGCUCUACUCGGCGAUCAGUCCCGCAGGCGACCUCGCAUGUACCGGUGCUGGCGAUGAGAAUCUCAAAUUCUGGCAGAUAUGGGACACGGCUUCUACGAAGAAAAAGAAGUCGGAGAACAAGGACAGGCCGGCUUCAAGUACUACCAAGUCGGGUAUCUUGUCUAUUCGGUAGUCGGUUGUGUAGUACAAUCAUUUAUUGUUGUC